UCUUCUACAAAUUCUGAGACUCCAAACUCAACCAUCUCCAGAGAGGCCAGUACUCAGUCCUCAUCAGCUACCACCAGCCAAGGCUAUGUUUUACCAGAAGGCAGAAUCAUGCCAAACACCAUUUUUGUUGGUGGAAUUGAUAUUAGGAUGGAUGAAAGUGAAAUAAGAAGUUUCUUUGCUAGAUAUGGUUCAGUGAAAGAAGUGAAGAUAAUCACGGAUCGAACUGGUGUAUCCAAAGGCUAUGGAUUUGUUUCAUUUUAUAAUGACGUGGACGUGCAGAAGAUAGUAGAAUCACAGAUAAAUUUCCAUGGUAAAAAGCUGAAACUGGGCCCUGCAAUCAGGAAACAAAAUUUAUGUGCUUAUCAUGUGCAGCCACGUCCUUUGAUUUUUAAUCCUCCUCCUCCGCCACAGUUUCAGAGUGUUUGGAGUAAUCCAAAUACUGAAACUUAUGUGCAGCCUCCAACCAUGAUGAGUCCUAUAACUCAGUAUGUACAGGCUUAUCCUCCUUAUCCAAAUUCACCAGUUCAGGUCAUCACUGGUUAUCAACUGCCUGUUUAUAAUUACCAGAUGCCACCACAAUGGCCUGCUGGGGAGCAGAGGAGUUACGUUAUACCUCCGGCAUAUACAACUGUUAACUACCACUAUAAUGAAGUUGAUCUAGGAGCUGAAGUUUUGCCAAAUGAAUGCUCAGUUCACGAAGCUACUUCAUCCUCUGGAAACGCCCCACAGAAGAAAUCUGUGGACCGAAGCAUUCAGACCGUGGUAUCUUGUCUGUUUAAUCCAGAGAAUAGACUGAGAAACACUCUUGUUACUCAAGAUGACUACUUCAAGGAUAAAAGAGUGCAUCACUUUAGAAGAAGUCGCACAGUGCUUAAAUCUGAUCAUCUCUGCUAACUUUCGAGUCUUAGGAAGUUGCUGGUUUUGAAUAUUAAGAAACCACUGAAAGUUGUUCACGACUAUAGAAAUUUAAUUCUAAAUUUUGAUAAAUCACAUUCAGAUAAGUUAUUGUAGAUGUCUAGUUUUGUGUAACAUUGAAACUUCUCAGAUGUUUAUUUAGAAACUUUUUCUGUGUUCAAUAUAUAAUUAAAAGUAAAAAAUAAAAGUAAAAAGUAAUUUCAAAUUGAAACAGUAGUUGAAAGAAAUAACUUAAUAUUUAACUGUAAGGAUUUUUAAAAUUGAAAUUGGCAUCUUAAGAGUUUAAAAGCUAAUACUUUCAAAAAAUUGUUUUAAUAAUCUGUUUUGAAAGGUCAGAAUUUUGAUAGUUUGAAUACACGUAUAUCACUUCUCCAACAAGUACUUGUAAACAGUACAGUAUUUACAGUAUUGCGCUUUACAUUUAUGAUCUGUCUAAAAAUUUACCUCAAAAGCAGAAUGUUUAAAACUGCUUUUUUUAAUCAGUGGAACUCAACAUGUGGUUAGCUUUAUUGAAGUCUUUCUUAUAUAAACCCAGUAAAAUAGAUUCUAAACCAACAGUCCAAUCAGUGGAUCUUACAUUUAUUGAAAAUAUUUUAUCCUUUACCUAGAAUCCACACAUACAUACACAUAAGUAUUUUAUUUGAUUGGGAUGAUAAUUAGGAUAACUCAAAUUCUGGGCCUAAUUUUUUAAAGAAUCCAAGGCAAACUAAUAGGUACAUAAACUUCUUAGUUAACAUUCUCCUUUUUGCAUUUAAAUUUUUUCCUUGAAAUGCUCAAUAGCUGUAUCUUAAAUUGUGCAAAAUACUAGUAUUAAAGAACGCUGAAAUUUUUUUAUGUCACUUAAAGGUUAAUCAGAGUAUCUGAAAGGAAUUGUUUUUAUAAAAAUAUUAUUAUAAGUAAAUUUUUUAUUUUGUUAGGCUAUAAUAUUUCCUUUUGUAAAGUAACAUGUCCCAAGGAGUUAAAAGUGUAGGUAAUUUUGGCAUUUCUAAACUGCACAGAAAGUUUUAUAAGUAUAUCCAAGAAUAUACUAGAGUCAGAGUUAACAUUCUCUUUCUAGAUGAGCUGAUCUCUUUAUUGGACAUUGUGCAUUAUGACAGACAACUAGAGCACUAGAGCUGCUGUUGUACCCACAGGCUUGCUUUUCCAGUCUGUACUUCCAUUUUUCCAGGAGGUUUGCUCCUAGAACUCAUGGCAUGAGCAGUUUGAGAGGGUAAGCCUUAUAAGGUAGCAGUGUGAUAAUACCUUUCUAAGGGAAAAAGUUGUAUUCAUGUGAUUUAACCUGCCAUGUCUAAAAUGCCUUUCUGGUCUUUCUUCUAGACUGACUUCCUCCUAAAGCAUGGAGAUUCCACUUAGCCCUAACCUUAUGUAAAUUACCAUGGGUUGUACUAUGAGUGCCCAUAUGGUCUUUAAUUCUUAGUAAUUUUCAUUCUGGAUCUAAAAAGUGGGGUCUUUUAACUUGAGGGUUCCUCAAGAAGUCUUUAUACACCUUGAAAGUGCCCUAAAAUUUGUCUUUUUAAAAAUUCUCUGCCCUUUUUGAUGGGGAGGGGCCUGUAAUAUUCUUUUAUAUAUAUACAUAUAUAUAUAUUAUUCUGUGAUUAAAUCUGUAACUUACUAUAAAUGAUACCUAAGUUCUAAGGAGCCAAUUCUUUUUGUUCCAGUAUGACCUUAAUGAAAAGUAAGAAAACAAACUUUUAUUUAUCUUAUUUUGUUGGAGUGAGAUUUUUAAAGUAGAAAAAAAAAGACCUUUCAAAAUGGAAGAUUAACUUUAAAUUUAAAAUAUGUUCCUGUUAUUUACUGCUAAUACUGUCUUUGCAUAAAUAAACUUUUUUUCAAAAGUA